UUCCUUUUUUUGUUCUGUUUCACUGUUUUGCUCAAUAAAGUUUAUUUUAAAACUCGCCAGCUGCUUGAUGACGUCUUUGAGACGCGACGCAGUUUACAGAAGAUCCACGCGUGUUUUCCGGAUCACCACUCGGAGCGACUCGAGUCCAGUUUAAACCCCGGUGUUAGUGCGUCUUGUCCCGGUGUGAUGGGGGACCAGAGCCGGCAGUGCUCCGUGUGGCUCGGCUCGGAGACCGGCAUCCUGAAGGGGGUCAGCGUGUCCCGCAGACAGGCCUUCAACUUCUGCAACACGAGCCACCUGAGCCGCGACCAGGAGGUCCGGGCGCUGUGCUGGGCCGACCCGGCGGAGAGCGAGCUGCUGGUGGGCUCCGUGGACGGAACCGUGAAGACGUUCAGCACCGAGAAAGGCGCCUUCAUCGAGAGCCGGCGCUGCGGAGACCCGGCCGAGGGCUGCUUCACCGGGCUGGCGGCGCUCAGCGGCUCCUCGCUGGUCACCUGCUCCGAGAGCGGCGCGGUCCGGGUCUGGAGGGAGGACAGCGGGGAGCCGGUGGCCGAAGUGGCCGCCGGGAAGAACGUGUGCAGGAUGCGGCAGAGUCCGGUGCACCGGAGCAAAGUGGCCACCGGCGGGAAGGAGAACGGCCUGAAGAUCUGGGACCUGGAGAAGCCGGACAAGCCGCUGUUCACCGCCAAGAACCUGCGGGACGACUGGCUGGACCUCCGGCGGCCGCACUGGGUCCGAGACAUGGCCUUCAUCCCGGACUCCGACAAGGUGGUCACCUGCACCGGAUACCACCAGGUCCACGUGUUCGACCCCCUGUCCCCUCAGCGGCGGCCCGUCCUGGAGGCCGAGUACGGCGAGUACCCGCUGACCGCCCUGUCGCUGCCGGCCGGCGGCGGCACGGUGGUGGUGGGCAACACCCAGGGCCAGAUCGCCCUGCUGGACCUGAGGAAGGGGCUCGUCCGGGGCUGCCUCAAGGGGCUGGCGGGCGGCGUCCGGGGGCUGCAGUGCCACCCCACCCAGCCCCUGGUGGCGUCCUGCGGCCUGGACCGCUUCCUCCGGAUCCACAGCUUGGAGGACCGCAAGCUGCAGCACAAAGUCUACCUCAAGUCACGCCUCAACUGCCUCCUGCUGGCCAGUCGGGACCUGCAGGACGGAGCGGACACGGGGGAGGAGGGGGAGGCGAAGGAGGUGAAGGAGGAGGAGGACGAGGUGUGGGACGCCAUGGAGCGGGUGGAGGAGAAGACGAAGAGGAAAACCACAGAAGAAGAAGAAGAAGAGGAGGAGGAGGAGGAGGAGGAGGAGGAGACGCAGAAGAAGAGCAAGAAGAAGAGGAAGAAGGGAAAAGACUGAGAGGCCUUCGAGGAGCGAGCAGAGCGUGGGACGUUUGGACGCCGUCAGCCACGGAGAAGAUAAAAACUGUUUGUCUGAUGAUCUGUGAGACUUUGCGGAUGUUUUCUGAGAUGAAUCGAAACCUCUGUUGCCUUCUAACCGUUACAAACUACUCACAUGUCAACAGGCCAGACUCCAUUCAAAACAUGUGUGUUUUAAGGUUCACUGUUGUCAGUAAAAUGUCUACAAGUUUAAGUCCUUGUAUCAUCUUUCACAUUUCCUCGACAAAGUAAGACACAAAACGACGACAAACGGAUGCAAAACUACCACAAAGAAACUUUACAGACAUUAAACAUUUUCUGAGAUAAAUUGAAACAGCAGACGUCGUGCAAGUUAUGAAUAAAUUAACAGGCCAGACUCCAUUCAAAAACUGUCCAUUUUAAAGUUUGCUUCGCUGUAAGGCUGAAGCAGCUCUCAAAACUUAAUUUAAUCCUUCAGAUAAUGAUUUAAGACACAAAGUGAGACUUCAAAUGACCACAAAGCAACAUUACAGAGACUCUCUGAGACAACGUCAUCAGGCGACUGGUUCGUACUUCUCACCUGAGCGUCGAGGUUCCAGGUGAAUGUGCUGCAGGUUUAACGGAGGUUGGACAUUUACUCACGUCUUCUUUUGUACACUUUGUUCUUUUCUAAAUAUAAAACUGUGGGAUGACGAUUAAAGGUCUUCCUGUUGUUACCUGAUAAA